AUGUUCCCAGCAGUCCCUUCCCCUCGAACUCCGGGUCCUGGGUCCCGAAGGUGCCCGCUCGGUGGGAUCGGGCACGGCUCCACGCCCCGCGCGGCAAGCAGGAAGGGACUGGCCCUGGGAUCUGCAGUGAGCUCCCCAGUGCUCUUCUCGCCGGUAGGCCGGAGAAGCUCGCUGAGCUCGCGAGGAACACCUACACGAAUGUUCCUUCACCACUCCAAAACUGAGUCUAUGAACUAUGAUGUGAAAACGUUUGGAUCUUCUCUCCCUGUUAAAAUUAUGGAAGCCCUAACGUUGGCUGAAGUUGAUGAUCAGCUGACUAUUCACAUAGAUGAAGGUGGAUGGGCCUGUCUGGUCUACAAAGAGAAACUCAUUAUUUGGAAGAUUGGUCCAUCACCUAUUACUAAGUUAUCUGUGUGUAAAGAACUUCAACUACCACCUAGUGAUUUCCACUGGAGUGCAGACUUGGUGGCUCUCUCUUACUCGGCUGUCUCAGGUGAAGCACAUUCUAUUCAGGCUGUUGCUGUAAUGGUUUCCACCAGAGAAGGAUCUAUCCGCUAUUGGCCAAACCUUGCUCAUGAAGACACCUACACAGAGACUUUCGUAGAUUUAGGAGGUGACAAGACUUAUAAUUUUCUAACAGCAGUGCAGGGAGGAAGCUUUAUUUUGUCCUCAUCAGGAAGCCAACUCAUUCGGUUGAUACCUGAAAGUUUAGGAAAGAUUCAUCAGCAUAUCCUCCCUCAAGGACAAGGCAUGCUUUUAGGAAUUGGUCGAAGGGUUUCUUCUCUUUUAGGAAUUUUGUCUACUAGUAGUGAUCUCACACUUUCAAGUGUCCUUUGGGAUAGAGAGAGAUCUAGCUUUUAUAGCCUUACAAGUUCAAACAUCAAUAAAUGGGAAUUAGAUGAUUCUUCAGAAAAACAAGCACAUACUUGGGAUUUAAAUAGAGCCCUAAAGGAAAACAUUGCUGAUGCUAUUUGGGGAUCUGAAAGUAAUUAUGAAGCUAUUAAAGAAGGUGUCAACAUUCGGUAUUUGGAUCUGAAGCAAAACUGUGAUGGGCUCCUGAUUUUGGCAGCAGCAUGGCAUCCAGCAGACACUCCAUGUCUCAUAUAUUACUCUCUGGUAACAGUGGAAGAUGAUGGCUACCAAAUGCCAGGUGCAGUUACUGUAGAAGUCACUCAGUAUAAUCCACCUUUCCAGUCUGAAGACCUGAUAAACUGUCGGUUGGUGGUCCCAAACUUUUCAAAUCAGACAGCCUAUCUGUGUACUGAGAGUGCAGUCUAUGUGUGCUCCACAGGAAAUGGGAGGUUUUCUCUUCCACGGGAGAAAAUUGGUUUUGGUACACAAGGAGAUAGUAUUUUAGGAGCUGGUUCUUGUGGUGGCGUUCCUGUCAUUUUUUCUAAAAGCAAUGGCUUGAUGUCUAUUAUAUUGAGGGAAAAUGUGUCCAUAUUAGCAGAAGAUAUUGAAGAUUCCCUAACAUCUUCAAUUGCUGGACGAAGCAAUGAGAUUAGCAAAAAAGAUACAAAUCAUGCUCAAAUGAUGGUUAAUGAGCUGUUUCCCUCUCACCUUGAUUUGGAUUCUGAUUCUGAACUAGACAGAGCUGUUACUCAAAUCAGUGUGGACUUGGUAGAUGACUAUCCAGCAUCUGAUCCACGGUGGGCAGAAUCUGUCCCUGAGGAAGCACCUGGCUUCAGCAAUACAUCACUAAUUAUUCUUCACCAGCUAGAAGACAAGAUGAAAGCCCACUCUUUCCUUAUGGACUUUAUUCACCACGUUGGCUUAUUUGAACGUUUAGGCACUUUUGCAGUAAGAGGAAUGCCAAUGGCAACUCGACUGUUGCUCUGUGAGCAUGCAGAAAAGUUGUCAGCUGCUAUUGUUCUCAAGAACCACCACUCUAGACAUUCUGACCUUGUGAACACAGCUAUAUUAAUUGCUUUAAACAAAAGGGAAUGUGAAAUUCCAUCAAACCUCACUCCUGCAGACGUCUUUUUUAGAGAGGUGUCUCAAGUAGAUACCAUCUGUGAAUGUUUAUUGGAGCACGAAGAGCAAGUCUUGAAGGAUACCUCAUUGGAAUCUGUUGAAUGGCCUGAGGUGGUGAUCAAUGUGAAUAAUAUCCUGAAGGAUAUGCUGCAGGCUGCUUGUCAUUAUCGUCAAAAUAGAAGCUCCCUGUACAGAAGAGUAGAACCCCUAGAAAAAGAACCUGAGUAUGUUCCAUGGACAGCAACGAGUGGUCCAACUGGAAUUCGAACAGCAAUAGUACAUCAACAUGAGAUUGUCCUGAAGAUGGUUUAUCCUCAGGCAGACAGCAGUCUCCGAAAUGUUUUGAUAGAACAGCUGGUGGACCUGAUUGAUUGCUUCUUGGAUGGUUAUGUUUCUCAGCUUAAGUCUCUGGACAGAUCCAAUGAUCAAGAAAGAUACAACAAUCUGGAAAUGGAGUACCUACAGAAGAGAUCAGAUCUCUUAACUCCUCUUCUUACAUUAGGCCAGCACCAGUGGGCUGCUUCUUUGGCAGAGAAGUACUGUGACUUUGAUAUCUUGGUGCAAAUGUGUGAGCAAACUGACAACCAGACUAGACUGCAGCGUUACAUGACCCAGUUUGCCGAUCAGAAUUUUUCAGACUUUCUCUUCCGUUGGUAUCUGGAGAAAGGAAAGCGAGGCAAGUUAUUAUCUCAGCCCAUUUCUCAGCAUGGACAGUUGGCGAAUUUUUUGCAAGCUCAUGAACAUCUCAGCUGGUUACAUGAAAUUAAUAGCCAAGAAUUAGAAAAGGCUCAUGCAACACUUCUAGGAUUGGCAAAUAUGGAAACUCGUUACUUUGCAAAGAAAAAAACCCUUCUUGGCUUGAGUAAAUUAGCUGCAUUAGCUUCAAACUUUUCGGAGGAUAUACUGCAAGAAAAAAUUGAAGAAAUGGCUGAACAAGAGUGCUUUCUGCUACACCAGGAGACCCUACCUGAACAACUACUAACAGAGAAACAGCUAAAUCUCAGUGCAAUGCCAGUACUGUCUGCACCACAACUCAUCAGUCUAUAUAUCUGUGAAGAAAACAGAAGAGCUAAUGAGUAUGAUUUCAAGAAAGCUUUGGACUUGUUGGAAUAUAUUGAUGAGGAGGAAGACAUAAAUAUAAAUGACCUAAAACUGGAAAUCCUUUGUAAAGCUCUUCAGAGAGAUAACUGGUCCAGUUCAGAUGGUAAGGAUGAUCCAAUUGAACUAUCUAAAGACAGUAUAUUUGUGAAAAUCUUACAAAAACUUCUAAAAGAUGGCAUUCAGCUCAGUGAAUACUUACCUGAGGUGAAAGAUCUACUACAGGCAGAUCAACUUGGAAGCUUAAAGGCCAAUCCCUACUUUGAAUUUGUUUUGAAAGCCAAUUAUGAAUAUUAUGUCCAGGGACAAAUGUAA